CCGUGUGGUCACGUGACCUGGUACGUUUCACAUCUAAUCUCAUCAUUCCACAAAGAGGUCGACACAAACUUCAAAGUGGAUUCUAUUGUAAAUUAGUCGUCAGAUCCUUAUUAUUUUCACGUGAAGAGACCUCCCAGAGAACCUUAAAUGUGUAAAUAAGUCCUAAGUGGAACAUUCAAAGCGGUUUUGUGCUCAAAUAUUCGAAUUCACGGUGUGAAGUCGAACCAUUGUUGAGCACAAAGUGUAUAUAGUGAGCAUCCUACAUGACGUUCAAGUAGAAUACSUUUUACCAAAUUAGCGAGAGAUAUGUGUGAAUGGUGGCCUCAAACCAGUGCUUUAUGAAGAUCUUCCGUAAAAGCAAGAUUUCUAGACCCACAUGGAUGUGUGUUUGGUCAUUUUUGUGUUAUUAUGACUGAGUUAACAGUGCGGACAGAAGUUCCUUGGAAGGGAACUAAACAAAGACUCGAGUUAUGGCAGUUUGUACUGGCGUUGWGUAUUAUUUGCGGUCAAUUGGACGUCUCUCUGGCUCAGAAUGGAAUAUAUCAUUUCAGUAUACCCGAAGGAAAGCCCGUUGGYACGGUGGUUGGAAAUCUUUCGAGUCAAGGGAAUCCAGAUUAUGCUAUAAUCUCUAUUUCACCGAGGAUGGGGAGGCAACACUUUAAAAUAACUCCAGCUGGAGUUAUCACAACAAAUGUUGUGUUAGAUCGAGAGCAUCCUCUGUUAAAAGAUGGAAAAUAUAAUAUAACAGUGUUUGACUUGAAAAAUACUCCUAUUAAGAGUUAUUUUGUAUCGAUUUUCGUCGAGGACAUGAAUGACAAUUCACCGACGUUUCUCGACGGGGGUUUCAAAAAUUUAGUUUUAUCAGAGGACAAACAUCAAGGAGCAUUUCUUUAUAAACUUAUCACCACUGACCCAGAUAGUGGUUUAAACUCAACACAAAACUACCGUAUUUUGUCAGGAAACGAUGASAAUGUGUUUAGAAUUGUUGCAAACAGAGAUGUGAAUGGCCAUUUGUAUGGAGAUUUGAUGCUAAAUACUGGCAAAGAGCUUGACCGUGAGACUAAGGAUUCUUAUAUUCUAAAUAUUUCUGCAAGCGACGGUGGAAACCCUCCAAGAAAGGCUUACUUGUUAUUGAACAUUACUGUGAGUGAUUCRAAUGAUAACCCACCUAUCUUUUCAGCUUCCAACUACACCGUCAAUGUCCUGGAAGAUGUUAAAAGAAAUACUCCAAUCUUGAAUGUCACAGCUACUGAUAAAGACAUUGGAACUAAUGCAGCUAUUAAGUAUGUUAUAGAACCUCAUUCUAUUCCCAAAAGAGAAUUUGGUAUUAACCCAAAAACUGGUGAAAUUCAGGUCUAUAUAACUCUUGACUAUGAAACGAAAAAGCAGUAUGAAUUGUCAAUCAAAGCAGAGAAUGCACAGGGUAUUCCAAAGAAAUAUGCAGUUGCAAAAGUAGUAAUCAAUGUGGUUGACGUCAAUGAUAAUGUUCCAAAAAUACACCUGAAGUUCAGCAUGGGAGGUAUAUAUCAAGUGAAUGAAGAUGCUAGAGUAAACCAGGAAGUUGUUCGUGUGUCUGUUACAGAUGAMGAUUCAGGGAAGAAUGGUGAGGUUAAUGUUACCUUGGAGGGUGGUGAUGGGUUCUUUAGCAUGAAGUACGAUGCUGUAUUGUCUGAGUCUUUGAUUUAUGUUGGACGGCCCUUGGACAGAGAAACACAUCCCAAUUUCAUACUAACAGCUUCUUGUAGUGACAAUGGUUCUCCUCCACUAUCUACAAAACAAAGCUUCAAAAUCAAUGUUGGYGAUGUGAAUGAUAACUACCCCAAGUUUGAUCGGCAUGUGUAUGUUAGCAGGAUCUAUGAAAAUGCUACUAUAAACUCACUUGUUGCCAAGGUUCAAGCCAAGGAUAAGGAUGACGGAUCAAAUGCAGAGCUUGUUUACUCAUUGGCMAAUACUUCCCAAAGUGAUUCAUACAGAAACUGGUUUGGUAUCAAUCCAGUGACAGGUGAAAUACGAACAACUACUUAUCUGGAUCGUGAGAAGGUUGCUCAACCGGUGCUGACUGUUAUUGUAUCAGAUAAAGGUAACCCACCCUUAAAAACAAACUGUACGGUUAUAGUAAAUAUUAGUGAUAAUAAUGAUAAUAGUCCUGAGUUUAAUCAAAGUGUUUAUCAUGGUCAAGUUUAUGAAAACACACCAGUAAACACAGAAAUACUUUACGUGUUUGCAAAAGACCCAGAUCUUGGACAGCACAGUCUUAUACAAUACACCUUACCUACCAGCAAUAGAAUUCCUUUUCAAGUUGAYUUGAACUCAGGAAAGUUAUUCACAACUGGACCCAUUGAUCAUGAAACAAAAGCAUUGUAUACAUUUCAAGUUGUUGCUACCGACGGAGGUGGAAGAAACGUGUUGUCAACUGUGAAUGUUCAAGUUCUUGAUAAAAAUGACAACAGUCCAGAGUUUGCUCCAGAUUCGUACACCAAACAAGUUGCUGAAGAUGUGGCCAUUGGGUCGGUAAUUGCUACUCUGGUCGCAACAGAUAAAGAYAGUGGGAUCUAUGCAAGACUGACUUACAGAAUCACACAAGGUAAUAACAAUGGACUAUUUGCUAUUAAUUCAACAUCUGGUGUGAUUUCUGUUGCAAAGAAUCUGGACAGAGAAACUAAGGAUUCCCAUACUCUCAAAGUAAUAGCUGUCGAYGGAGGUGGUAAGCAGUCGUCUAAURUUGCAACUGUAGUUAUUACUGUWCUUGAUGUUAAUGACAAUCCUCCUAUCUUUGAACACACRUCUUAUAACUUUACGAUUGUUGAAAAUUCUUCUCUAACUGUUGUUGGAACUGUUAAAGCCGUGAGUAAAGACCUUGGAACAAAUGCAAUUAUAAGUUAUAGCAUAAUUGGUGGAAAUAGUAACAACCUCUUUGUUAUCAAUGAGACUGGAACUAUCUAUGCAAGUGAUUCAGUUGACCAUGAAAAAACACCCCAUUUGAUUUUAAAUGUGCAAGCUAAAGAUGGAGGAACGCCAGCACUGUAUGGUUAUACAAAAGUGAACAUCGUUGUCCAAGACUUGAAUGACAAUAAACCCAAGUUUAAUAGCAGCAUUCUGCAGGUUCCUCUUGCAGAAAAUACUCAAACUGGUGAUAUAUUUUAUGUURUAAAGGCAGAAGACCCUGAUAGUGGAGAUUUCGGUAGAGUAACCUACACUUUGCUAACCAACCCUGGUCAGAUCUUUAGUCUUGAUCAAAACACUGGAGGAUUGUCAUUACAAAAACCUGUAAAGUUUGACACAAGUGGGAUGUCAUAUACUCUWACUGUGAGAGCUCAAGAUAAUGGGUCUCCACCCUUAGUAACGCAAGUGACUUUGAAUGUGACUGUGGUUGAUGUGAAUGAUCAUGCUCCAGUGUUUAUGAAUACAACAUACACUGUUCACGUAUCUGAACUCCAGAGUUCAGACUCAAACAUCAUCAAAGUAUCAGCCACAGACCAAGAUAGUGGAGAGAAUGCAAGAAUUACCUAUAGCUUCAAGGCUGGAGCUGAUACAACUAAGUUUGGCUUAAGAAAUGAUGGAUGGAUUUAUAUCAAGAAAGAAUUGGAUAGAGAAGAUGUCGAAGUGUACAAAAUAACUGUGGUUGCUACAGACCAUGGAUUCCCUGCGGCUCUUACAGCAACGACUGAUGUCACCGUUAUUGUUGAUGAUGUCAAUGACAAUAAUCCAAAUUUCAAGCAAAAUUCGUAUGUAUUUUCUGUCCAAGAAGGAAAGGCAAAUCAAACAGUGGUUAAUCAGGUCUUAGCAACUGAUAAGGACGAAGGAAGCAAUGCUAAACUUACAUACGCGUUUGAAUCUGUCGUGAGAGAGUUUGUCAUUGAUAAAGACACRGGUGUCAUCAAGACUAACAAGGUUUUGGAUCGUGAAAGAAAACCAUCUUAUUUUAUUACUGUUGUUGCUACUGAUGGAGGUGUCAGCUCACGUGUUGACAAAACUCUUGUUACCAUARUGAUAGAAGAUAUCAAUGAUAACAGCCCGGUCUUCAACCCGUCGCAGUACGAGAAGAAGGUGUAUGAAGAUGUUAAAGUGGGGACCUCGCUACUAAAGGUGACUGCGACAGACGCUGACGAAGCUGGAGCGAACAGUGACAUCCAGUACACAAUAGCUGCAGGACAGCAGAAUUCGCAGGUCUUCUCAAUCAACAGUAAAACUGGUGAGAUCAGCUUGUCUGCAGCGCUGGACAGGGAGAAGAAAGAUCGUUACAUACUGCACAUCGCUGCAAAAGAUAACGGAAGUCCACCUAAGGACAGCAUCGUAAUGGUCAGCAUMUAUGUACUAGAUGUGAAUGACAAUCCACCAAUGUUCCUGAACAUGACGAACUUUGUGAACGUGCCUGAAAAGCUUCCUGUUGGRGGGAUAGUUGCACAGGUGAAUGCAGUAGAUCAAGAUGACGGCGAUAACGGCAGAAUACAGUACGAAAUCGUACAAGGUAACGUCGGUAACACAUUUACAAUCAAUACCACCUCUGGGGUGAUAACCACKCGUCUUGUCUUGGACUUUGAGAGACAGAAUCGUUAUCAACUGAAGAUAAGUGCCAAGGAUAUGGGUCAGACACAACACACGAGYUAUCGAUGGGUGAAUAUUUACGUACUGGACGCAAAUGACAAUCGACCAACKUUUGAAAAGAAUCCUAUAAUAGCUUCAGUGUACGAAGGARURMCWGUCAACCACGUGGUUAAGAAGAUCCAAGCACGUGACGAUGAUUCUGGWAGCAACAGUUGGAUCUGGUACUCGAUUGAUUCCCAAUCUCCGGACGAGCACUUCAAGAUCGACUCCUCAACAGGAGAGAUCCGYACAAUAAGUCUAUUGGACAGAGAGUCUAUAUCYGAGUAUACCCUCAUUGUACGCGCCACAGAUCAGGCAUAUACUCAGAAAGAUCGCCUCUAUAGUACUGCUACUUUGAAGAUCAUCGUGUUGGACGUCAACGACAAUAAACCAGUGUUUGUCUCAAGGAAUAUCACUUACGUCAUGGAAGAUGAACCGUUCAACUUUGAGGUUAUGUCUGUGACUGCUCUGGACUACGAUACAGGACCUCGGGGCAAGGUUGAAUACCGUAUCAUAGGAGGGAAUGAUGGGAAGUUUAGUCUUGACUUAAAAACUGGCGUCCUGACGAAGAUAGGAAAUMUUGACUAUGAAACUCAACGUGCCCACGUGUUGAACAUAAGCGCUACAGACGAAGGCAAUCCACCGUUAUCAUCCUUUCAACUUCUGACUUUAUUCGUAGUUGAUGUCAAUGAUAACCCCCCGGAAUUUACCAAGGGUCUUUUCAUUGGCAAUGUCACCGAGGCAGCGCCAGGGGGGACACCAGUGCUAAGUGUGACGGCACGUGACCGCGACUCGGGUACCAACGCAGAGUUGAGUUACAGUAUUCCAAGUGGACUAGAGAGACAAUUGUUUUGUAUCAACGCAACUACAGGGUUGAUCACUACCAAUGUUACGCUAGACCGAGAAGAGAGAGACUCGUAUAGUUUUCUAGUUUAUGCGACUGGGAAGACCUACCCAUUCCGUGCAAGUACCGCUACUGUUAAGAUCAACGUCUUGGACAAGAACGACCAACGCCCAACGUUUGCCAGCCCGAUCAUUACCAGGAAAGUCCAGGAAAAUACCCCUCCUGGAGUGUUCUACACCCUAGUCGCUACAGAUCUCGAUUAUGGAAGCAAUGCUCAAGUCAAGUAUAAGAUUCUUUCAGGAGAUGUUGGAGGAGAUUUUAAGAUCUCAGAGGACACUGGAGAACUGUCAACGGUCAAGAGACUUGAUCGAGAAACUAUUGCUGAAUACAGAUUGGUUAUAGAAGCGAAGGAUGUAACUGAACCGUUCUAUUCAACAACAUGUGAAGUGGUCAUCGUCGUGGAAGAUGUCAACGAUAAUCCUCCGUYAUUCUUAAAACCACAGUACGGUAGAACAAUAUCAGAACUGACUGCRAUAGGUACCUCGUUGCUGAACGUCACGGCAACAGAUAAAGAUAGCGGAUCKAAUGGUGAGAUCGUAUACUCUCUUAGUAAAGAUACGUUUGGCGUGUUCACCAUAGAYMCCAARACUGGUGUCAUCUCUAGUGUCUCGSGGUUUGASACAAGUGUCAAGUCAGUCUACGAGUUYUAUUGCUCUGCGCAUGACCAAGGCUCUGAUCAGAAAAUGAGUUGGGUGAAGGUAACUCUACGAAUACAAGACAUGAAUACCCAUUCUCCUGUGUUCCUUGAGACACCCUAUCAAGMGAACAUCUUCCCGAAUACCACUUCUGGAAGCAUUAUUUUGAGAGUCACUGCCACAGACGCGGACACCAACAAGAGUACUAACGGUAAAGUCACAUAUCGCUUCAAAGAUUCCGYCCAUAAUAAUCUGUUUCAACUAGAGAGUAACACAGGGGUACUAAGAACAUCUUCGGGCUUUAAUAACCCACCGUCUGGGAGGUACACUCUGAGGAUAGUAGCUGACGAUCUUGGAGUACCGUCCAAGAGUGGUGAUGGGGUUGYUGAGGUGUUGAUAGGAGCAGUACAGGACGACCCACCCGUCUUUGUUAACRAGUCACACUCCAAGGUCUCUGUCUUAGAGAGUGUAGCAUCAAAUGGAUAUGUAACAACWUUGUUGGCAAGGAAUAAGAARAGCGAYCCAGUGACGUACAGURUUAUAAGUGGUAACGUUGGUAACACAUUCUAUAUCYAUCCCGAUUCUGGUGUUGUGACUGUGGUAAMUGGGCUUGACUUUGAAGUCAUCAAAGAAUACGAACUGCAGCUUGUAGCUACYUUGAAAAACUCGCCGUCACUCAACGGGUACAUGACGUUGAAUGUCAGUUUGAUUGACGUGAAUGACAAUGAUCCGGUGUUUCWCCCGGCSAAUAUUGUCACCCAGCUAGCAGAAGAUAAUGGGAGUUUUGUCGCGAGAGAUGUCGUGAUUGUGAACGCAACUGACGCCGAUUCAACAACCAAURGUCAGCUUGCGUACUCAAUYCAGUCUGGAAACAYCGACWACGCCUUCUCUAUCGACCAAAGAUCUGGUCAGAUCAAGACAGCCAAGCCACUGGACCGUGAGAAUGUUCCUAGUUACACCCUCGUUGUCAAGGCAACAGAUCAAGGGAAUCCCUCAAGGUCSAGUACUAGUACCAUCCGRGUUACUGURUCUGAUGUGAACGACRAYACGCCUAUCUUCAACGUUACAUCUAMCAUCARUGUGACCGAGGAUGCAAGACUAGGGUUUGUCAUCACCAUGGCAACAGCCACCGAUGCUGACAAGGAUUCUCAGUUGGUUUACACCCUGAAGCGCGAGAGUGUAGCGAACAUGUUUGCUGUUAGUCGUUUCAUUGGAUCGGUGACUUUACUCAAGGCGCUAGACUACGAARCGACUAAGASCUAUGACUUGACCGUUAGUGUGAGCGAUGGUUUGYACAGCGCUGACGUGGACUUGAGGGUAAAUGUCCUGGAUGUGAACGACAACGCGCCKRUUUUUUACAACAGUUCGUACCAGGURACUUUGRCCAAUAGCAUCGAGGCUAACAAACCUUUGYUACAAGUCAAGGCUUAUGAYAAAGACAGUGGUUCRAACCAAAUUCUACGAUACUCAUUCCUUAAGAACAUUCCAGACUUUAAAAUCGACGACGUCACUGGCGUAAUUUCAUCGAAUAAGAGAAUCGAAGUGAAUGGACGUGAUGCUCUUAUUCAGAUUCUUGCAGUUGCAACUGACCAAGGAAUACCUUCACAGAAAUCUUUUGUCUAUGUCAGAGUUCUGAUCACGAGAGAACCUAAGUUUAACCUUGCUCAGUACAGUGCAAGCGUUCGUGAAGAUGCAGUYAUAGGAACCUCUGUAACGACUGUACAAGCCACAGAAAACGCACGAAAUAUCCCUCUAGCAAGAAUAAGUUAUGUCAUCGAAAGUGGAAACUUUUUGAAUAAAUUCCGUAUUGGACAGCGCAGUGGAACAAUAAGUAUCAAUUCUCCAUUAGACUACGAGACAGAAGACCAUUACCAGCUAGUUAUUCGAGCCUCUGAUGWCGUCAAUCYCUCAAAGGAAGUCAAAGUGACMGUUCUGAUCAACGUCACAGAUGUUAAUGACUUGAAGCCCGAGUUUCGUCAAGCCCAGUACCUGGCCCAAUGGUAUGAAARUGUGAAAGUAGGAACUAUARUSAUGAACGUCUCGGCUUCUGAUGGGGACACAGGGACGAAUAGUAAAGUGUGGUAUUCUAUUGAGUCUGGGGAUGAUAAGGACUCGUUCUCCAUCGACAGAAACCUUGGAAUCAUCAGGACUGUUAAACUACUGGAUCAUGAUGCMAUUAAUACUCAUCAUCUGUCUGUGCGAGCUUCUGAUGAAGGAAAUCCUCCAUUACAUUCUGAAGUCGCUGUCACGAUCCAAGUCCUUGAUCUAAAUGACAACCCUCCAGUCUUCCAUAUCCCAAAUCCUGGUCAAGUCAGAGUACCCGAGAACUCUCCUGUCUCUACAGUCUUUUACAACCUCACCGCUAGAGAUAAGGAUUCCGACUCUAAUGGUCGAAUCACAUAUUCGAUCAUUGGAGGAGACGGCAAAGGACUAUUCCUGAUCGACCCACUUACAGGCUGGUUAAGGACAAACGCUGAGUUCGACUACGAAGUUAGAUCUUCCUACGACUUGCAAGCCAAGGCAACGGACUCAGGGUCUCCGCCACUGCAGAGUAAUAUCACCAUCACAGUUUACAUUCAAAGCGUCGAUGAAUAUUUUCCCGUUUUCUCCAAGUCUCAAUAUACGUUCUCAGUCCCUGGCAACGCGGAGAUCGGAGAUGUUGUCGGUCAGGUGUCGGCAACCGAUGAAGACGGCGGAGAGGACGGCAUGCUAUUCUAUUCCUUUAUCGAUCCGAAAAGCGAUGCUUUGAAAAUCAAUAGGACCUCGGGUGUCAUAACAGUUAACCGAACACUCAACGACGGAUCAAGUCUAAUGAAGCGUGAACGACGAAGUAUUGAUUCUUACGAUGCCKUAUCGAUGGAAAGCUUACGCAGUAGAGUCCGUCGAGAGACUGCUAAAGAGAAUGACCAAAUUUAUUUGAGAGUGGCGGCUGACAGUGGGAAACCGAAAUCUAAGUCGACUACUGUKUACGUUGUCGCGACCGUGGACUACACGUGUCCUGGUUGUGGGAUUGUAACUAAAGAAGAACAGACAGGCGGUGGAAAUAUCUCUGGUACUAGUYUAGUAAUCAUCGUAGCUCUGGCAGUCCUCGCUGGUGUUAUUCUUCUUGUACUUGUCGUGGUAAUGCUUCUCAUUUACAGCCAUAGAAAACGCAAAAGAGCUCGCAAAAAUCCACGGCUUAAAUUCGAUGGCUCGUUCGAUGAAAUAACAGUGCAUCCRCCAUCGGGCAAUUCCAACCAUGCUGCUGUAUCUGCAGAAAGCAUUCCAGGGCGUACUUUCCCUCAAGAGUACACACCCCUUAACAGAACGUCGACCGAUAACAAUGUCACUAGYACUGAUGCUUCGGAAACUCCUGGUAGUGCGUCUAGUGGUCGUGGUUCCUCUGAUGGGGACUUCGAGGAAGUUCCACCCUCGGUUAGAAAUGGGGACGUUGGAAGUCUGCACUCGGAUAAUUACGCUGUYAAAACURUSAUCGCUGACUCGGGRAUUCAGCAGGAUGAUGAAGAUCAAAUCUCCCAGCUGACGAUAAGCGAUGGUAGUGGAAUYCUUCAUGUAGAYGAGAACAAGCCAUACAAAAGCGAUAAAAUUGUAUCCAAAAUGGAAUACCAGAGUCAAGAGAGUAUGCACGUGUUUGGUGAGGAAGGAGGCGGUGAAGCMGACGGUGGRCACGACGUUGGCAAUUUACUCUACGCUAAGCUUGCCGAAGUCGAUGCCGACGAUGAAUCGAUUGCCGAAGUUCCCCGAUCGUUCUUGGAGGAGGGACGCGAGCAAGCGCCGUAUGCCGGCUCCUUGAGUUCAAUCAUUGGAAGUAAGGAAGAACUUUCUGGUAGUUACAACUGGGAUUAUCUUCUUGACUGGGGACCACAGUUYCAGCCUUUAGCUGAGGUUUUCUUAGAAAUUGGGCAAAUGAAGGAUGAUGUUGAUACUAAAAAAGUAGCUGUGAGACCACCAAGUAGCAUUCCUUCUAGCAGACUUCAAKCACAUYUACCUGGCAUCGCCACCACAGAUAUGCUAUCAUCAGUKUCAUCUUUACCACGUUCUCCUAUUAGCCCACCUUCAACUCAGUACACAUCUCCUGCAUUCUCGCCGAACUUCACCCCUGCAAUCACUCCCCUUAUAACACGUUCUCCUUCCGUAUCGCCGCUGGACACUGCGGCUGUAUCGCCGUCAUUCUCACCACACGGAUCCCGACCUACAUCUACUCAUAUCAAUUCGAUAAGGAUUAGAAGAGACUCGGAAGGCGAUUCAAAUUCAGAACUCUCACACUCUCCUUCUAUAUCGGACAACGAAUCGAAUUCAGAGAUUGAGGUGUAGGAAUCAAGGGAGAUUAAAGAGAUUUACUCAUACCACAGGGAUCCCAUGACCUUUGUUUAGAGGUUUUGGUGACUUUCUAUCUUUUGUCAACAUUUUCCUAGAAUUGAAUAAGCCUUUUCAUAGUUUAAGAAUCGAUUCCACUGCGCAUGCGAUUUUAUCCCGAAUUUCUCACCUUCUUUUGUUUAAUUAAGAACAAAGAAGGUUUAGAGAAAAGAAUGUAGAAAUUCGGGAUAAAAUGGCACGCGCAGUGGAAUCGAUUUUUAAACUGUGAAAAGGCUUAUUGAAUUUUCAGUGAAAGGUACUACGUCCAUAAUCCCCCUCUCUAAAGAAAUCUAACCAAAAUCUCUAAGUUUGGGUCCUGAAAGUGAGACAAAAUAUUAAAUUUUAACUAGCACCUUUCUAAAACAAAAGCUGAAUUUUUAGAAAACUGAAAAAGCUCAAAUACUUAUAUUUAUUUUCAACCUAUGGUCUUUAUUUUUAUAUYGAUAGCGAUUUAGUUCCUAUCUUUUACUAGCUCAAAGCCUACCUAUAAUUAUGUAUAUAUCUUUAUAUACUCAUAUUAUUAUUUGAAAGUCUCAAACAAGCAUGCAAGUUAUUGUUUCACACUAAAGGAAAACAUUGAAAAACAAAAAGUAGUGAUAACAUCGAAACRUCAUACUAUUUUACCACUAAUUUUUGUUGUUCAAAAAUAGACCAACCUUGGAAAAACAAGGUCUUUUAAAMAUUUUUUGAUUUUAACCAUAAAUAUAAAUACAAUAGUUUCUCCAUAGAUUUUCAUGUAGAAAUGAUUAAAAAAAUAAUCCAGAAAAAAUAUCCCUAAUGCUGGACUUCAACCUUCAAGUUUCAUCAUGAAAAUCUCUGGGGGUAGUGGGUAGGGUUUAAGAUGAAUACCUCUCUAGGGUAGGGAAGGGAUAUACUUUGAAAUUGCACAUGAAAUAACCAAACAACAUUUUUGUAAAUAGCAUUACACUAUAAUUGUAGGAUAAGGAAUUUYGAUUGUUUUAUUCUAGUGAUUCAAAGUGAUACAGUUUUACAGUAAUAUAUAUUUCACCAAAUUUCCUUAGAAUGACACUUUUUCUUAUUGUAUUAUAAUAGUUUAUGAAGUGAAUAUAUUUGUUUUUUUGUUAUAUA